AUGCCAGCCGAUAGGAUGAACGCUACUUGCGUUCUGGUGAUCCUCUUGGCUGUUGCGUGCUUUGUGCAGAGUGCGGAGGGCCGAGCACACCUGCGCCACCAUCGGGGCGAGUGCAGCCGUUGCGCGCCCGGCUGGGGCGUCUUCGAGCCGUGCACCCGUGGCCGGGACACCCUGUGCUCCGAGUGCCAGCCUGGAGUGAGCUACUCGCCCCACCACGGCAGCCAGCCCUGUUGGAUCUGCUCGCGGUGCGGGCCGGGGCUCUACGAGGCGCGCAAGUGCUCCCCGACCCAGGACACCCUGUGCGACUCCUGCGCCAGGCGUGCCCCCGACAACGAGGACUACAGGCGCAAGUGCCCCGGCAAAGAGCCGAGGGUGUUCCUCGCGCCCGAGGACGCGGAGAGCACCGGCGAGCAGAGCGAACUCGUCAACGAGGACGAGGAGGAGGAGGAGGACGCGCAGAUGGAGCGCGAGCGCGAGAGGCUGCUCUGGGAGGACGCCCAGGCGCAGAUCAGGGAGGACGAGCAGGCCAACGUGGUUAGGCCCGAGUAG